AUGGCCGCUCCCCUGAAGUUCAAACCAUAUGUUCCCCUGCCGCAAAGGCAGCGAAAGAAACACCCAGAUCUCGCGCCCAAGGAACGUCGUCAUGAUGCCACGUUACUAGAAACUUGCGGCGAAGGCCAAUAUUCACAGCAUAAUGCAGAAGGCUUGUUGACGAUGAACGACCAGGAAGUCGUGAUGGCACUCGAUUGGUCCGGCCACAAUUGGUCCGAUGACAUGCAGUUUGUCUCGCACCCCAUGGACAGGUGUUAUGCUUCCAAUUCUGGUGGCGAAGAAGUCGACGAACACCUCGGCAGUGCGUUGAAGCCUGUGGCGGCUCAGCUUGCAGCGGACAAUCCUCAGGCAAUAUCAGGUUCCAUCGUACGGGUGGAAGAUAUCCAGGAGGGGGAUAGCAAGGCCACUGAGAAGUCUCCAACGCUGAUAGACCCAGCCGCUCCGGCAGCGGUGAUGGGCCCUACGGUAGAUGUUGCCGAUGACAAUUUGAUCCAGACAGCGUUGACCUGGCCCAAAGCCGGUACUGCCAAGCAGUCGGUGGAUCUUUCAAGGCUCGGUAUGGACCAACUCAGAGGUCCUCACUACUCCUCUUUCCUCGCCGGGCUCGAGCGCAUCUGCUCCUGCACCCGCCAAUGCUGA